AUGACAAUCACCAUUAGAGAUAGAUUUAUUCGUGAUACCCUACAUUCUACUAAGACGUUCCUAAAAAACAAUGACCAACUUUUAAUUCUCAAUGCGGGCAAAGGAAAUGCAACUGUAAUGAUGGAAAAAUCGGAAUACGAUAUAAAGAUGCAGAAAAUAGUCAAUGAUAUUUCGACAUACAGGGUUUUGAAACGUGAUCCCACGAAUAAAUUCCAAGCUAAAAAUAACGAAAUUGUAGAGAAAAUUUACACAAACAAAGUGAUUGAUUUAAAAGAAAGGAAUAACCUAUCCUGCAAAACGGCCAAUCCCCCAAAAAUUUACGGUCUACCUAAAAUUCACAAAGAAGGAAUCCCACUAAGACCUAUAUGUUCGUCCAUCAGUUCUCCGUCCUAUAACCUAUGUAAAUAUGUUGUCCGCGUGCUCAAAAAUGUAACAAUGUCCUCCAAAUUUAAUGUGAAUGACGCAGUCGAGUUUAAAGAAAAGAUCGGAAAAACAUAUAUUUACGACGAUGAAAGUCUUGUGUCGUUUGAUGUCGUCUCGCUUUUUCCAAGCACACCCGUGGAUUUAGCGAUAGAGAUAAUAGAUUCUAAGUGGAGUUCAAUACAAGAACAUACAACUCUAACCAAAGACCUUUUCUUAACCAUAUUGAAAUUUUGCAUUAAAGAGAAUCGCUAUUUCAAAUGUAACGACAAGAUUUACGAGCAAAAGUCAGGAAUGCCUAUGGGUUCCCCCGCUUCACCGGUUAUCGCAGACAUAGUAAUGGAGGAAUUAUUAAUCAAAUGUGAAAAUGACGCCGAAAGCAAACCCCAAUUACUAACUAAAUAUGUCGACGACAUCUUUGCAAUUGCUAAAACAGAAAAUAUUGACAAGAUGCUUAACACACUAAACAAUUACAACAAGAAAAUAAAAUUUACAUUAGAAAUAGAAAAAGAUGGACAAUUACCCUACCUGGACACCCUAAUAAUAAGGAAAAAUAACAAAUUAACAGUUGACUG